AUGAAGGAAAAGUAGGAGUUUUAACUUUUUUAUCAAAUUUCCCUCUUGCUAGGUCUCUAUUUCAAAAAUUUUAAAUAAGGACUUCAAGAAUUAUGUCUAACAUAAUGGAUGCAUGAUAGUACUUUAAUUUGUGCAUUCUCAAAAAAGGGGUGCAGACGAAUAGAAAUUUACUAUGAGGAUUAGAAUUCAUUGUUGUUAUCGAAUAUGUUGAGAUCUCUGAGGGCCUCCAUGGUAGCUUGGGAGUUGCUUGGUAAUUCUUUGAAAUUGGUAAUCAUAAUAAUAGAUAUUUUCAGUUUAUUAAUUUUGAGAAAUCGAAUAAUGUUUUUUAUGUUUCAUCAAGAAAUGGUAAGGUUAACAAUUUAAGCGAAGAGAAAAAUGAAUUGGAAUUAAAUGCUUGUAAAUAUGAAGAAGAUUGUAAUUAAGUUAUAUAGUAUAAUAAUAAUUAUUCAAAUAUUUAUAAACAAAUAUUAGGAGAGAUGAAGGCUGCUUGUCUAUUUUACAAUUAAAAAAGUAAUAGUUACCUAUUUAUUUUAGCAUAUCUUGGACCAACAAUAUUUGUGGUGCUGCAAAUUGGUUUGCAUGUAUGGGCUUACAAGGAAUUCCUAUUGUAUUAUUACAUUUUUGGGUUGUUAUAUUAAUGAACUAUCAACUAGACCUUUCAUGUUCGCUACAUGUGGAUUGUAUUUUAUAGUUCGAAUCAAAGAUCCUGGAACUAUUCCAAUAGUUAAAGUAGAAAUUCCACUUGAGAACAAUCAAAUUGAAGUAUAGAUUGAAAAUAACGUAAAAAGAGAAGUACUUAAUGCUUAAGCAAAUGAUGAAUCUAAUGGUUAGAUUUCACUAGAUCAAUUCAAAGAUGGUCCGGACAACGACAACACAAUUUAAAAGUAAAAUAUAAUAUCAUAUAAUAUUUAGAUAUUACCCCGAGUAACAGUAAUAACAGCAAGCUGAUAAUCAGCACAUCUUAUCGGGUAGAGGAAUGCUUUCAUCCCCUUCAUCCGAAUAAGCAAAAAUAAAUACUCCAAACAAACAAACCUGUAUAAGCACUUCAAACGCAGUAAGUCCUCCAACUUUAGCAGCAGAAAAGAGAUUUUGUAUGCAAUGCUUAAAUGAACAACCUAUGAGAGCCAAACACUGCCAAUAUUGUAAGAAAUGUAUUCCAAUGUUUGAUCACCAUUGUCCUUGGAUUGGCAUUUGCAUAGGGGAAAAGAAUAAACUGAUAUUUCUGAUCUAUUUAUUUGUCCAAAUUGCCCAGUUGAUUGUGGGCAUAAGAAUCUCAGUUCAAAAUAUUGGAUUAUUGGUGGUAAUGGGGAUUAUUGUAAUCUUAUUGAUGACUCUAUUUGGAUUUCAUACAUUUUAUGUUGCUAAAAAUAUUACGACAUGUAAAGUGAUCAAUAAUAUUAGGGGAAUACUUGAGUUGGAAAAGAAUUUCGUAUAUCGAUCAAAAUUCAAGAUACCCAUUUGAUAAAGGUGUGCUCAAUAACAUUAGGUUGCUUCUCUAAAUCUCAUGUCAAA